AAUAUCUACUAUCAACCUGAUAUAAAAAGCAGUUCAUUAAGACUUACAUCAUCUGGGAAAGAAGGAAUUGUUUUUAAUGGGAUUGCUGACUGGUUAUAUGAAGAGGAACUUCUACAUUCUCACAUCGCCCACUGGUGGUCACCAGAUGGAGAGAGGCUUGCUUUCCUGAUGAUAAAUGACUCCUUGGUGCCCAGCAUGGUUAUCCCUCGGUUUACUGGCACACUGUAUCCCAAAGCAAAGCAGUAUCCAUACCCUAAGGCAGGUCAAGUGAACCCAACCAUAAAAUUAUAUGUUGUAAACCUAUAUGGACCAACUCAUACUUUGGAACUCAUGCCACCCGACAGCUUUAAAUCAAGAGAAUACUAUAUCACCAUGGUUAAAUGGAUAAGCAAUACCAAGACUGUGGUAAGAUGGUUAAAUCGACCUCAGAACAUCUCUAUCCUCACUGUGUGUGAGACCACCACUGGUGCUUGUAGUAGAAAAUAUGAGAUGACAUCGGACACCUGGCUCACUAAACAGAAUGAGGAGCCCGUGUUUGCUAGAGAUGGCAGCAAAUUCUUCAUGACAGUUCCUGUGAAGCAAGGGGGCCGUGGAGAAUUUCACCACAUAGCCAUGUUUCUUGUCCAGAGCAAAAGUGAUCAAAUCACUGUGCGGCAUCUAACAUCCGGAAACUGGGAAGUGAUAAAGAUCUUGGCGUAUGAUGAAACUACUCAAAAAAUCUACUUUCUGAGCACUGAAUUUUCUCCCAGAGGAAGACAGCUGUACAGUGCCUCUACUGAAGGGUUACUGAAUCGCCAAUGUAUUUCAUGUAACUUUAUGAAAGAACAAUGCACAUAUUUUGAUGCCAGUUUCAAUCCCAUGAAUCAACAUUUCUUAUUAUUCUGUGAAGGUCCAAGGGUCCCAAUGGUCAGCCUCCAUAGCACGGGCAACCUAGCAAAAUAUUUUAUAUUGGAAAACAAUUCUAUGCUAAAGGAGGUUAUUCAGAAGAAGAAGAUAACAAAGCCUGAAAUUAAAAUCCUUCAUAUUGACGACUAUGAACUUCCUUUACAGUUGUCCUUUCCCAAAGAUUUUAUGGACCGAAACCAGUAUGCUCUUCUAUUAAUAAUGGAUGAGGAGCCAGGAGGCCAGCUGGUCACAGAUAAGUUCCAUAUUGAUUGGGAUUCCGUCCUUGUCGACACAGAUAAUGUCAUUGUGGCAAGAUUUGAUGGAAGAGGAAGUGGAUUCCAGGGCCUGAAAAUUUUACAGGAAAUUCAUCGAAGAUUAGGUUUAGUAGACGUAAAGGACCAAAUAGCAGCUGUGAAAUAUUUACUGAAACAGCCAUAUAUUGACUCCAAAAGAUUAAGCAUUUUUGGAAAGGGUUAUGGUGGCUAUAUUGCUUCAAUGAUCUUAAAAUCAGAUGAAAAGCUCUUUAAAUGUGGAUCAGUGGUAGCACCCAUCACAGACAUGAAGUUGUAUGCCUCUGCUUUCUCUGAAAGAUACCUUGGUAUGCCAUCUAAGGAAGAAAGCACCUAUCAGGCAUCCAGUGUGCUUCAUAAUAUUCAUGGCUUAAAAGAAGAGAAUAUAUUAAUCAUUCAUGGGACUGCUGACACAAAAGUUCAUUUUCAGCACUCAGCAGAAUUAAUCAAGCAUCUAAUAAAAGCUGGGGUGAAUUAUACUAUGCAGGUCUACCCAGAUGAAGGUUAUAACAUAUCUGAAAAGAGCAAGUAUCAUCUCUACAGCACAAUCCUUAGAUUCUUCAGUGAUUGCUUAAAGGAAGAAUUAUCUGUGCUACCGCAAGAACCAGAAGAAGACGAAUAAUGGACCUGUUUAUACUGACUGAAGGGGACACUGAGGCUCAAUGAAACCUAAAGAGACUGCCAUAUUGUAGAUGCUCCAGAAUUUCAAGGACAGCUUGAGGAGAAGACACUGGAAUGGCACACUCAGACAAUGAACUGGAAUUUGAAGACAGACAUCCAAGUCUACUGUGUUGCAAGGGUGCAAAAUCUGUUUCUUUGCAAAAGGAAAGUCAAAGGGUCGAUUUCCUUGGAGAAAUUAGUUUCACAUUAAAGUAGGAAUAGUGCAUGUUUUCUUCUGUUACCCCUACUUGUUCUGUAACUAGUUGCUCUCAUUUUAAUUUUAAUAGUCACCAUUAUCUUUGCAUAUGAUGCACAACUUAUCAUCAGUACUCCAGUCCUUGAUCCCAAUGGCUGAACUGCAACCUCUUUACUGUACCUUUACAAUAAGUGCAAUUCUUCACUGUCUAUUAUUAUGCUUAAGAAAAAUAUCCGGUAAAUAAAAGACAGAGUAUUUUAUGUAAUUUCUGUUUAUAAAAAAGACAUUAUUAAAGGAGUCAAAGGACCUGUAGAAAUUUGGACCUCAGCCCCUUCCAACAUUCAGACAGUUAUCAGUAGACACAAUAUCUUUAAGACAACACAUGAGUAUAUGUGCCACUAUACACACACACACACACACACACACACACACGUGUGCAUAUACAGUCAGUGAAUCUUUCUUUACAUGUUAUUCAUACUACAAAGGGUAAACUUUUAAUGAACUAGAAAAGAUGAUCUUUUACAGGCUGUAAUGGAUGCUUUGUUUAAUGAGCCAAAUAUGAUGAAGCAUUUUUUCCAAUUCCAAUUGCUAUUGCUUUCC